CCCCGGCAUUUUGAGGUGAGCGCCGCGAGGCGCUGGCCGGGCUGCGCUGGGAGCUGACCGUUCUGCUGUAGGAGCGGGCAGGAGUCGGCUGUGCCGCGUUUCUGUUAGCAGAGCGCACUCUGCUGCUCCUGGCUAGGCGCGGGGAUGGCCGGUAGCGCGCGCGGCCGCUCUGUAGGCAGCCCCCCGGGCCUCGGCCCUUCAAGCGACUCGGAGCAGCUGAGCAGGUCCUACCCCUGGGCCGGUGGCGGCGGGAGGAGCCGGCUGGCCGGGCUGUGCCGGCGGGGAGCCUCGCUGUCCGGGGAGAAAUGGAGCUCUUACUGCCUCUCUUCACUGGCAGCUCAUAAUGUCUGUGCCAGCAAAAUUGGGAACUCUUGGGCUCAGCGGGACUCUUCCUCUCUUUCCAUUUCUGUUGGAAGUUCUUGCUCUUUUGUGCAUGCCCUUGCCCUGGAGGAACCCGGCCAGCACUUCCUGACUGCUGCCCGCAAUCCAAACCAGGCCAUCUUCACCGUGGAUAUCAACACAACAGAGAUUCUAGUGGCUAAUGACAAAGCUUGCAAGCUGCUUGGGUGCAGCAGUCAGGAACUCAUUGGUCAAAAGCUGUCCCACUUCAUAUCCAAAUGCAGUCAAGAGACAUGGGAAGCUGUGGAUGAUGAGUACUUAGAAACUGAUGAAUGUUACACAGUGGUUUCAGGAACUGUGGUGGAGGUUCUCAACCAGCUCAAAGAGAAGAUCCCCGUCUCGGUGUGGUUGAGGCGAAUAAGAAUCAAGGACAACCAGCGUUGUGUGGUUCUGCUGGAGCCAGUGGAAAGACUUUCAGCUAUUGUUUCCUUCAGGGCUGACGGAGGCAUUACAUCAUGUGACCUUCUUUUUGCCCAUCUCCAUGGCUACCUAACAUCGGAAGAAGUAGUUGGGCGCCACAUAAAGGACCUGAUUCCUGCUGUGCAGAUUCCUCUUCUAGGCAAAAAAAUCCCAAAGAACCUCAAGAUUCAGAGAGCUGUAGGUCGAUCCCAAGAGGGUAAUGUGUUUCCUAUUACUUUAAAGCUACAAGUUAGCCUUCUGGAGGAGGACCAAGUGGCAGUGCCGAACAAUGACAUUCUACAGACAGAAAGAGAAAUCUCUUUCACCGACUAUCAUUAUGCUGCUACGGUUGAAGUUUUCUCUACUAUCAGUGGCCUUAUUACUGUACAGUCAGAUGGAACCAUCCAGGGCAUCAAGGAUAGUUUUGCUUUAACACUGUUUGGCUAUGAGAAGAAAGAACUGUUGGGAAAGAACAUAACGUUCCUGAUCCCUGGUUUCUAUAACAACAUGGAGAGAAGCGAUGACUGCUCCUUGCCAUUACCUCCUCUCGAUGACUCUUUGGGGACAGAAAGUGAGCACAUCUUUGAAGAUGUUUCUGCCUGCCAUACAACUGGUUCUGGUUGCCGUAGCAAAGGUGAUGACUUUGUGUCUGCAUCUUUGGCAAACCUUCUGUCAAGAGAUGGAGAGCAGAGAUUGGAAAGAAGACACAGAGAAGACAGGUUACUGCAUGGUGAGACUAAGCAGAAGAAUGAGAGCAGUUUCUUAUCUACUCCUUCAUUUCCUGAAGUGGCACCCAUACUUUCAAAUCGUGAAGACAGCUAUGUGGCUGAUGGGCUGUCAGCCCACUGUGGAGAGCCUUCUCCUGAAACCUGGCCUGACAGAAUCAGAGCGGUAGAACACUGGAGACUGGUGGAAAAUGCAAAAUCAUGUAAUUCUCCAAAAAUGCACCCUGCACAGGUCUCUCCUACAUCAUCUGCUUCAGAACAGUUGGAUUUCGAUCACAACUUAAAGACACCAUUAAGAAGUGGGCAUAGUGUAGCAUCCGGUACCUCUGUGACUGGGAAUGUCAGUGAGAGCAAUUUCUUGCUUAAUCGAUUACACAUUCAUCAUCAAGACCUAAAAGAAUUAAAUUGUCAGCAGGUCUCUAGGUUGCCAUAUGAAAUGCUGAAGGAUCAGCACUUCACCAGUGCUCAGGGACAACCUUCUUCAGCAAAUGUUGCCUGGUUCAUUAUUUCUUCUAGCCCAGAAGACAAGCUAGAUACUGCAUCCACUGGAGUGAGUAAGCCACCUUCUUCUGAUUUUGCUUGUAACUCAUCUGGAAUACGAAAAAUAAAUGAGCCACGAUCUGGGACAACACUAGGCUGCACACAAGAUUUUCAAAGUCAUGUGGCUAGAGGACAGUUAACAAAAACUAGCUUGAUGUGUGAAGGAAAGCAUUCCAGUCUUGAACACGCUGUUGCUGAAAGCUGCUUGCUGAAAGAUGCAAAUUUCAUUGCAAAUGGAAGAAAUAGUAUCCAUGACAUUUGCUCAGGAAAUAAAAUGAGCUGCACUGGUUCCACAAUGGGAAUUGCCACAACCUUCAAAACUGUUAAACAAACUGACGCUGAGCUGAACUGUAUUUGCUCUGAUCUCGAGGAACUGGAUCUGAAUAUUGGUGUCACAGGGAACAUGGACAAUUGUUUAGGUUCUACUUCAGAUUUUGUAGAAGUGUUCUCUUCUAAUAUGGUGAGCUCAGCUGCGGGCAAUAUGCUAACUCAGAGUGAUGCUGUUUCAGCUGAGCAGCUGUUAAAUGGUGUUGCCAUAAAAGAUGGUUCUGGGUGGCUGCCUUCACGACGGCAUUUGGAAAACCCUGAACGAUCCUCCAAAGUAUUUAUUGAAAAGCCUAAAACUCUCACAGAGACUGUGGGGGAUAAUGUCAACAGAAACUUGCUGAAAAGUAAAGGAAAUCCUGAAGAAGAUUAUCAGUUGCAUGGGCAGGAAAACAUGGAAAUAAAAGUAACAUCUACCCCUGUGAAACAAGGAAGACCAAAUCCAGCAGCUUCUUUCAGCGUAGAGAUUCUGGAAGGCAGCUACAGUGGGAAUUGCAGUCACAGAGAUGGUUCACAAUUAAGUAUACUCUUUGAAGUAAAACGUGUAGAGCUGCAGGACCCUGCUGUGCUUUUCUGUGUCUGGGUAGUGAAAGACCUUCUACAGAUCCAGAAAGAAGCAAUAGCAAAGACUCAGCUUUUGCUCUCCAGUCUAGCAAGCUCUACCCAGUCUGUUCUAGAUCUUUCCACACACAGUCUUGGAGAAGCCAUCAAAUCAUCUUCGCUCUCUGAGAAUUCCCGAAGAGCUGAAGAGCUUGAAAGAUUAAGGGCUUGUGAGGGAGAGUAUGCAAAACAUUACGACACUCUCAGUCUUAUUGGCAAAGGAUCUUUUGGCUUUGUCUGGGCUGCCAGGAGCAAGAAAAAUCAUCAGGAGGCUGUUGUGAAGUUCAUCUGGAAGGAGAGGGUGCUUGAGGACUGCUGGGUAGAUGAUCCUGACGUGGGGAGAGUUACUCAAGAAAUAGCAAUCCUGUUGAAGCUGCAGCACCCCAGCAUCAUUCAGGUGCUGGAUGUGUUUGAAAAUGAACGCUUCUUCCAGCUGGUGAUGGAGAAGCAUGGAUCUGGUCUGGAUCUCUUUACAUUCAUCGAUAAUCAGCCUGAUUUGGAUGAGCCAUUAGCAAGCUAUCUAUUCAGACAGCUUGUGUCAGCUGUCGGGUACCUCCACUGUAGAAACAUCUUUCACAGAGAUAUCAAGGAUGAAAACAUCGUCAUUGCUGAAGAUUUCACAAUCAAACUAGUGGACUUUGGUUCUGCUGCCUACCUGAAACCUGGCAAACUGUUUUACACCUUCUGCGGGACAAUUGAAUACUGUUCACCAGAAGUGCUGUCUGGCAAACCGUACCACGGCCCUGAGCUGGAGAUGUGGUCACUUGGUGUCACCCUUUAUACCCUAAUAUUUGGAGAGAAUCCUUUCUGUGAGCUGGAAGAGGCCAUGGCAGCUGUCCUGAAUUUUCCUCGGCUUGUGUCAAAAGAUCUCAUGAAUCUGAUCGUUGGGCUUCUGCAUCCUGUUCCAGAGCAGCGCACAACUCUAGCAAUGCUGGCAGAGGAUCCUUGGCUGAAGCAGCCUGUGAACCUGGGUGUUUACACGUGGGAAGAGGUGUACGUCUCUGCUGGGGCAGAAAGCAGUGGAUGGAGAAAUGGUUCUGUUGAGAGCUCACGCAGAGACAGACCCCCAGCUCCUCGCGUGGAGGGUGAGCCGUGCUUGAGCGCUUCCAGCUGUGUGCGUGCAGAUCCCCCCUGGGAAGGAGCUGCAGUGAGGAGGUGCCAGGGCUGGAGCCUGGGGCGUCGCUGCAGCCGCUCUCUGCAGCAGCCCCUGCCUGUAGAGCGGUUGCUCCCUCACCACAGGGCACACGCUGUCACUGAGCAAGGAACAGGAAUUAAUUUUAAGCACUUCUCUCCUGUAGAAAGAUAAUCCCUCACGGAAAAGUAGGAAUUCUUGAGGAAGCCUGAGAUCAAUAGCAGAGAUUUCCUGUGAGAAAGCCUUGUGAAUGAGCUACUUUCUGGUGUCUUUUGGGACAGCCUUGACAUCAGGAUGCUUUUUUUUGUCUAGACCAUGGUGUGCAGGAGCUCUCACCCCAAUCCCUUCCCUUCUUCCUAGGAUGGGGGGGCUAGAUGCACGCAAAGCACACUUGCAAACCCUUGUAUUCACACCGGCAAAUGACUCAGCAGUGUAAGUUCUGCCCCUUUAUACAUGGCAGCCCCGGGUCUGCCCUUGCUGGUGGGUUUUGCCUCACAGGGGCUGUCAGAAGCUUCUCUAGCUAAUAGGGUUGUAAAUAUUCUUACCUAGGAAGGGUUUUAAAGCUGGAAGAGAGAUUUUUUUUGUCUUCUUCUAUUGUUCAUAGCACAGAAUAUAUUUUUAUUGGCUGUUUUUACUUUUAUAUGUUUUUUUUCUGAAAAAAAAAAUGAAUGAAUAAACACAUGCGCGGUUUGGUUGGUUAA